AUGGAGGGUACGGAACGGGGGGUUGAUGCGAGAUCGGGCAUGCCCGGGACUGAUGGUGGUAGGAACAUUAGUGGAGGUAGAAUCACAACGUUUGGAGAACUGGGCAACGAACAGCUGUACUGGACAGGGUUUGGGUGGGCCAGCGAGGACACUGUGAAGUUUUGUGGUAAUGGAGGGAUCGCUUGUCCGAAGAUGCAUUUGAAGAAUAGGCAGCUAUACGGACGAAAUACACUACUCAUAAGGUUGCUGAGAACUCUUCGACAGCCGACGACCGGUUUCGUCCUUCUUGGGGCUCAUCAGUAUCCCAACCAGAACGGUGGUCGGUUUAAGGUCACCAUUGAUCUGGUUGCUUGGACUCGACUGAAGUUGUGUUGCGAUCGGCGAGGCAAACGGCAGCACAUUCAAAUUGAGUGA